AUGCCUGUUCUCCACAGCGACGCAAAUGCACACUCGCAUGACUGGAAUUUGACCUGGUACACGUCCAGACCCGACCUCACUAAGUGUUUCCAGCACACAGUCCUGGUAUGGUUUCCUUGUGUUUACCUGUGGACCUGUUCUCCUCUUUACCUGUUGUACCUGCAGCUUCGCCCACACCGAGGGGUCAUCCAGCUGUCCAAACUCUGCUGCAGCAAGACGCUCCUGACACUUACUCUGGCCUCUUUUGGGCUCCUGGAGAUGUUUUACGUCCUGGUGAAGAAAAAUGAGGAGAUCCAUAAUCACCUCCUUAUCCUGAUGGGUCCGCUGAUCCGGAGUCUGACGCUGGUUCUUGCUGUGGUAAUAAUCCAGGUAGAGAGGAUAAAGGCCAUGCGCUCCUCUGUGCUCCUUUUCCUGUUCUGGACUCUUCUGGUUCUUUGCUCCCUAGUUCCUCUGAAGGUUGAUAUUGAGCAGAUUAUUGAGCAGGGUUUCUCUUCAGACGCUCUUCGUUUUGUGGCCUUUUUCAUUUGUUUUUCCCUCCAACUCAUUGAGCUCAUCCUCAGCUGCUUCUCUGAUCACCGACCGCUCUCUGAAAAACAAACCUAUAUCCAGAACCGAUGUCCAGAAGAAGAUGCAUCAUUUCUCUCCAAAUUUUUCUUCUUCUGGUUUAGCAGUUUGGUGAUCCGGGGGUACCAGCGCCCCCUACAGGCUGCAGACCUCUGGCCUCUGCAGGACCAGAACUCAUCCAUCGAGAUAAUGACAGACCUGGAGAAGUUCUGCACCCAAAACUGCAAACAGCUGCAGGAAGAACCUGCUAAUUCUGGACUGUCAUGGUCCCGGCACUCAGGUUCUGACUUGCCAACAGAAAAAACUCAGCUGCUGAGGAGAAGCAGGAAAGGGGAAGGCAACUGCAUCUUCCUCAUGCAGGCUCUGGGGCGACGCUUUGGGAUGUACUUCCUGCGUGGGACACUGUGUCUCCUACUGCAUGAUGCCUUCAUGUUUGCCGUGCCACAGGUACUCAGUCUGCUGCUGGGCUUCAUGCGGGACAGAGACACUGCCAUGUGGAAAGGCUUCCUGUAUGCCGCGCUGCUCUUCCUGCUGUCCUGUCUGCAGUCUCUGCUGAAUCAUCACUACAUGUUCCACUGCUUCACUUUGGGCAUGAGACUGAAGACCGCUGUCAUGGGGCUGGUCUACAGGAAGUGUCUGCUGAUCAGCAGCCCGGCGCGGCAGCAGUGCACUAUGGGAGAAAUCAUUAAUCUGGUUUCAGCUGACACUCAGAAGCUUAUGGACUUUGUAGUUUAUUUCAACAGCAUCUGGAUCACUCCAAUCGAGAUCACACUCUGCUUUUACUUCCUGUGGCAGCUUCUCGGUCUGUCUGCUCUCGCGGGUAUUAUUGUCGUUAUUCUGGUCUUUCCUUUGAAUGGGUUCAUUGCUAAAAUGAGAAGCAGACUGCAGGAGGUUCAGAUGAAGUUCAUGGACGGUCGGAUAAGACUGAUGAACGAGAUACUGAGUGGUAUGAAGAUCCUGAAGUUUUACGCCUGGGAGAAAGCAUUCCUGCGACGUGUUGGCGUCCUGAGAGACGGAGAGCUCCAGGCCCUCGAGAAAUCUCAGAUCCUUUACUCUGUGUCUCUAGCUUCUUUCAACUCCUCCUCUUUCCUGAUCGCCUUAUUAGUGUUUGCAGUCUACGUUUUAAUCGAUGAGCGAAACAUUUUGGAUGCUCAGAAAAUCUUUGUUUCUGUAGCCCUCAUUAACAUCCUGAAAACUCCUCUGAGUCAGCUUCCCUUUGCAAUGAGCACUGCGAUGCAGGCUGUUGUCUCGCUCAGACGUCUGGGACACUUUCUGUGCCAAGAAGAACUGAAUCAUGACAAUGUGGAGAAACUUCCUUACAGCACAGGUGGAUACGGUGUGAUAAUAGAAGGCGGGUCGUUUUCCUGGACCAAUGCUGGUCUGCCGUGUCUGCAGAGGAUCAACAUGAAGGUGAAGACGGGCUCCCUCGUGGCCGUGGUUGGCCAUGUUGCCUCAGGGAAGUCCUCUCUGCUGUCAGCCAUGUUGGGAGAAAUGGAGAAGAAGAGUGGCUUUGUUUCCGUCAAGGGUUCGGUGGCCUACGUUCCCCAGCAGGCCUGGAUCCAGAACGCCUCCCUGAAGGACAACAUUUUGUUUGGUGGAGAAAGAAAGGAGAGUUGGUACCAUCGUGUGCUGGAGGCCUGCGCUCUGUUGCCAGACCUGGACAUCUUACCUGCCGGAGACAGCACCGAGAUUGGGGAGAAGGGUCUGAAUUUGUCUGGAGGUCAGAAGCAGAGAGUGAGUCUGGCUCGGGCUGUCUACAGGAAGUCAGAUGUUUACCUGCUGGACGACCCCCUGUCGGCAGUUGAUGCUCACGUGGGACAACACAUCUUUGAUCGAGUCAUCGGACCCCGAGGACUCCUAAAAGACAAGACCCGGGUACUGGUCACUCAUGGCCUCAGCUUCCUGUCUAAAGCGGACCUGGUUCUGGUGAUGGAGGAGGGUCACGUCUCAGAGAUGGGUUCCUACCAUGAGCUGAUGGAGAGGAAGGAAGCUUUUGCUAAAUUCAUCCACACCUUCAAUGGAAACCAGCGCAGAGAAGGCUCCACAGCCCGAGACAAGAGCAGGAAGUCGGUCUCUCGCCUCAGUAUGACAGAUUUCUCCAUCGACCUUUCUCAGGAGCAGCUAAUCAGUUGUGAUUUGAGCAGUGCCAGUGUUAAGCUGAUUGAGGCAGAGGACGAGGACUUGGACACUGAGGAUGCAGGGAAACUAAUGGAGGUUGACAAGGCACACACAGGAAGGGUGAAGCUGCAGAUGUACAGAGAGUACUUCAAGACCGUCGGCCUGAGCGUCAUCAUGACCAUCAUCUUCCUCUGUGCCUUUCAGCAGGCCGCUUCGUUAGCCUACAGCUACUGGCUGAGCCUGUGGGCCGAUGAGCCGCUGGUCAACGGCACGCAAAGUAACCACGAGCUGAAGCUCAGCGUGUUCGCAGCGCUGGGCUUUACUCAAGGGUUGGCCAUGUUUGGGACAACGCUCGCAAUCGCUCUAGGUGGUAUCGUAGCAUCGCGUCACCUUCACACUGAACUUCUCCACAGCGUACUGCACUCUCCCAUGUCUUUCUUUGAGGUGACGCCCAGCGGAAACCUACUUAACCGCUUCUCUAAAGAGAUUGACGCCAUUGACUGCAUGAUUCCUGAUGGGCUUAAGAUGAUGCUGGGGUACCUGUUCAAGCUAUUGGAGGUCUGCAUCAUUUUGCUGUUGGCCACACCAUUCACAGGCAUGGUGCUCCUCCCCCUGACCUUUGUCUAUAUCUUCAUCCAGAGUUUCUAUGUGGCGUCGUCAUGUCAGCUGCGACGUCUGGAGGCUGUGAGCCGCUCACCAAUCUACAGCCAUUUCAAUGAGACGGUGCAGGGCGCUAGCAUCAUCCGAGCCUUCGGAGAGCAGCCACGCUUUGUACUGCAGGCCGACCAUCGCAUUGACAAUAACCAGCAAGCUUACUUUCCUCGCUUCGUCGCCACCAGAUGGCUGGCGGUGAAUCUGGAAUUUUUGGGGAAUUUGCUGGUUUUGGCUGCAGCCAUCCUGUCGGUGCAAGGUCGGGAUAAGCUCAGCCCGGGCAUCGUGGGAUUGGCAAUGUCACACUCUCUGCAGGUGACAGGAAUCUUGAGCUGGAUUGUCCGAUCCUGGACUGAUGUGGAGAACAACAUUGUGUCUGUGGAGAGAGUCAAAGAGUAUGACAGAACACUAAAAGAGGCAGCGUGGACCCUCCAAGACAGUAUUCUGCCAGCAGCCUGGCCGACCACAGGAAACAUUGAGUUUGAAGAAUAUGGGCUGCAGUACCGUAAAGGUUUGGACUGGGCUUUAAACAACAUCUCCAUCAACAUCCAGGACAGAGAAAAGGUGGGGAUAGUUGGACGGACCGGAGCUGGGAAGUCCUCUCUGGCUUUGGGAAUCUUCCGGAUUCUGGAAGCAGCAAAGGGACGAAUCUUUAUCGACGGGAUCGACAUCGCACACAUCGGCCUUCAUGACCUCCGCUCCAGAAUCACCAUAAUUCCUCAGGACCCUGUGCUGUUUUCUGGUUCUCUGAGGAUGAACCUAGAUCCCUUUGACACAUGUUCAGAAGAGGAUAUCUGGAACGCUCUGGAACUCGCUCACCUGAGCAGCUUUGUGUCUGCACUGCCACAAAAACUGAACCAUCAGUGCUGUGAAGGAGGAGAGAACCUAAGUCUCGGUCAGAGGCAGCUGCUGUGUUUGGCCCGAGCGCUCCUGAGGAAGACAAGGAUACUGGUUUUGGAUGAAGCCACAGCAGCCGUGGACCUGAAAACAGACCAGCUUAUUCAGUCCACCAUCCGGACUCAGUUUGAUGACUGUACAGUACUGACCAUCGCUCAUCGCCUCAACACUAUCAUGGACUACACAAGAGUCAUUGUGAUGGACCGAGGCUCCAUUGCAGAGAUGGACUCGCCCUCUCAGCUCCUCCGCCUGCAGGGAAUAUUCUAUCAGAUGUGUGUUGAGGCUGGUUUGGCCUGA